UUGCAAUUUACGACAGCAGAGGCCUUCCGUUUAAAUUUCGCAGCGCGUUUGAUUUCCGCUACACAUUAUAGCAUCCACACCUCCUGGAGAGAGCCAGCAUCCGCUCACAUAGGUUACAAUGGGAAUAGAGGAUGAAACGGACCGGACGCUCUUCAUAAGAAAUUUAGACUCGAGAGUGACGGAGGAGCUUUUAUUCGAGCUGUUUGUUCAGGCAGGACCUCUCAUCAAAACCAAAAUUCCCAAAGACGCGGAUGGGAAACAGAAAACAUUUGGUUUUGCCGUUUACAAACACGAGGUGUCGGCGCCGUACGCCAUGCAGCUAAUCAACGGGACGUCGCUGUAUGGGAGAGCCCUUCAUGUGCAGUUCAGAUCGGGCAGCAGUCAUAGCAGCAGUCCAGGGAACUCACAGAACUCAAGUCCUGCAAAUACCCCAAAUCCCCAUGGUCAGAGGACCCCGAUCCAGUUCAGUUCUCCACCAUAUACUCCUCCACCCCAAAUGCAGAGGUCGUUUUCAUCUCCCGAUAACCUGCAGAAGAAUGUCAUGAUGAACAACAUGAUGUGGCAGCUCCACAUGCAGCAGCAUGACCAGUUGAAUGGUGGCUUUUCCAAGCCUCUGCAGAGGCAGUCGCCUGCUGGUGGAAAUUCUGGCAGAGGUGGCUCAAGGCAACACGAUAACGCCCCCUAUCGGCAUCAGCCGUCACAGGUGAACAGCGGUGGCAGAAAUCCACGCUACACAGAUGAACCAAGUUCCGGUUCAUCUGCACGUCAUCAGCAACAGGGCCACAGUCGGGACAACUAUCACCAUCAGAACGACAGGAGUGGCAACCGUCACCAUGACGGCAGAGGUGGCAGCAGGCAUCAUGACAACAGGGGCAGCCGAGGCCACCAAGAUAGUAGAUGGCGACGGUACUGAGACACGUAAAGGAUUUCUUUAAAGACUUUAACUCUUCACAAAUUUGUAAAGAGCUUUCUAAAAAAAAAAAAGAAAAGAUCAUGUAUUAUGUUGACAAAUUCACAUGUAUACUCAGGUUGUUUGUACAUGAUCCUACCAGUUUGGAGAUUUAAUAUCUUAUGCCUUAGAGCCAUUUUUGUUUACUUUUAAGGCGUUUUUAAAUUUGUACACUAUCAUGUGAGCUUUUCCUCACAGAUGUUUUUGAGGGGAAGAACUGUAUUGUCAUGAGAGCAAGGAAAAAAAAUAUCAAGUCAAUUUGAAAGAUGAAGGGAGGGGAAAAAAACAAGUAUUUCCAAAAAAAAAAAAUUGAUAUUGGCAAGUUUUGAAAUAUGCAAAUAGUUUUAAAUGGUGCUCUUAGAAAUUCUUCAGGUACUUUGCAAAAAAGAACAAAUUUUCAGCUAAAGAAUCCACCAGCACCACUUUUACUGGAACAGGGCACCAUCCUUUCUUAAUGUAGGAUUUGUUGACCUUGCUCUUUAUGAAAAUGGGCUUUAUUUUAUUUUUUUAUUCUGAGUGUGUAAUACAAACUGUUUUAAAAUGAACGUUUUCAUUAUUAUAAAGCUCCUUUUGAUUUGA